CUUGACCAAACACAGGAGCUCAACCGCAAAGAACCCAAGACCAAGAGGCUCGCCUGAGAGGGACGCCCUCGCAGAUCAAACCCAUUUCAGAUCUCCUCCGCACAACCAGAAACUCUAAAUAGAUACAGAACAAACUCUAGAGAGAGAGAGAGUCAACUAUGGGACUCUUCACCUAUACCUUAGCCGGCGGUGGAUUUAUCAUGAUCGGCGGUUGGGAAGCUCUCAUAUCGUCCGAAGCCCUUAAACUCACACCACCAUCACAAUCAUUACCACCCAUUAAAAGCAAGACGGCACCAAUUUCUUCAUCCGUAUCCUUCUUAGCAACCUCUCUCUUCUCUUUCUUCUUCAUCCUCAACUCUCUAAUCUCCCUAAUCGACGCUCUGAACUCCAAAGACAAUACGGGUUUAGCCCUCCAAUUAGGGGUAAUUGCAAUCGCUGCCCUUUUCUUUCUCUAUUCUGUACUGGGUCUCUUGACCAAUAUGAAAACCUCAUUCCAAUUACCUUCGUCAAUUCUCAAUUUACUGUGUCUCUUUGCUUUUAGUGAAGAAUUUGUGUUAUUUUACUUUCAAAGAAAAGACCCGAGUGGAAUUGAGAAUCGGUACUUUGAUCUUCUUCUUGUUCCCAUUGCUGUUUGUGUUUUUUCCACAAUUCUUGAAUUGAAAACCCUGAAAUCGAAUAAUUAUGCGAGAAUGAGCCGUGGAAUUGGUUUAAUACUACAGGGGACUUGGUUUAUUCAAAUGGGGUUUUCUCUUUAUUCGGAUUUAAUAGCACAUGGAUGUUCUUUACAUGAGAAAAGUAGAGGGAAUUAUACGGUGAGGUGUAAGGGACACCCCGAGUAUCAUCGCGGUCGAGCAAUCGCGACGCUGCAGUUCAAUUGCCAUCUUGCUCUUGUUGUGGUUUUGAUUGUCGGGGUUUACUCUAUUUUCUGUAAGAAAAAUGGUGUUCCUGGUGAUUUUACACAAUAUAGGCCACUUGGGGCGGAAAUGCGGCAGUUGGAUGGUCGGGUUCAGUUUACAUUGGAUUCAGAUGAUGAUGAUGAUGUCAAUGGGAAUGGUAUUAGGGAAGAGAAUGUAGAAAUGCAGAAGGCUGUUGGAGUUGUGCCUGAAUCCCGGAUUAAUGUGGGCAGAGCCUGUAAACAGCCCCACUUUGAGCAAAUCAAAUACAUGCCAACGGUGAUUUUUUCCGCCAUCAAAACUUACCAGCUAAAUUACAAUCUUACCCUCACCAGAAACCUAGAUGCUCCAACAGUGGCAAAGAUGAUGGUGCCCCGAUGUGAGGUGGCCGAUAUCAUCAAUGGUACUAAUAGAAUGAGAGGAGUAGGCAAGAAAAGCCAUGCCCAUGUCUCAAGCUCCUUCCACACAAUCUCUGAUUGCUCUUUCUUCUAUAAUUACAGAAGAUGGCCAAAUUACAAAACCCACCUCACCUAUGGUUUUUUACCUGGUACCCAUCCUAAUGUCAUGACCGCUUCUGUAACACGCUUCACAUUCUCGUGGACUUCAAACUACGCUUAUGCAGAUCUUAAGGUUAGUUUCGAAAGCCGUGAUCAUGGCGACGGGAUGCCGUUCGACAGUCCUACAUUUCUCAAGUCACCCCUACGUUUCUCCUGGAGUGACCAAAGGUCUGAUAUCGAAGGCAUUCAGGCUUUAUAUUACUAUCAUCAAAACCGGACAAGAUGGCCAAAUUACAAAACCCACCUCACCUAUGGUUUUUUACCUGGUACCCAUCCUAAUGUCAUGACCGCUUCUGUAACACGCUUCACAUUCUCGUGGACUUCAAACUACGCUUAUGCAGAUCUUAAGGUUAGUUUCGAAAGCCAUGAUCAUGGCGACGGGAUCCCGUUCGACAUUCCUACAUUUCUCAAGUCUCCCCUACGUUUCUCCUGGAGUGACCAAAGGUCUUCAUGA